UGCUAUUUUGUACUUUGUGUCUCAGUUUGCUUUUUGGAAUAAACAGCUGUGAUACACAAAUAGGUUUUUGUGCAGCCUCAUAAUAUUGUCCCCAUAUAGCUUCUCAGAGCAAAAUGAAAAUAGUUCUACUGCAAUUCCUGGAGAGCUGUUUUGGUAAACUGUUUCCUUGUCUAAUUAUGUUUGAGUUGGAGUAUCAGAUUUACACCUCCUCUGAAGGUGUGUUUCCAUCGGACUGGUUGGAUAUUAGUUAAAAUAUGGAACAUUUCAUUGGUUGAGCUGUACUCAGCCAACUGGCCAAUAGUCUGAUGUGAGAGUUUGGCACCAGCUGCUGGCAGGUGCUCAGGUCCACAUCUUGUUACAGACUGACAGAACAGUACACUGCAUCGACUUGUUUACCGGUUGCUUGAUUAAAAUCAAAGUCAAGGCUUUUCAGUGCUGAUACAAAGUUAGACUUCUAAUCCAUACAACCCAACCAAGUCUCUGGUUGCCAUCCAAGUGCAACUAUGAUGCUUCAUACAUCUAUAAAAACAUUGGGAAAAAUAUAAGAAAUGCACAUCUUUUAAAAUCAAAACAGGAUUUGGAGGAUAAAUACAUUAAUGUUAAAAUACGCAUUCACCAUUUGAGUCUUUAAACUACAAGUAGUAAGUAGACUGUGGCCCAGUAGAUUAAAACAUUGAAGAUGAAAACUUCCACUAGAGGGCAGCAUUUCUCAACUCUAAUAGCAGUGGACUGCCAGACUUUAUAUUUUAUGAAUUUCCCUUUCCUCAACUUUCAAGUCAAUUUAAAACAAAGAGUAUACAGUAAAAGUAUUUUAUGAUACUCGUGGAUGUAAUCCCCUAAGCAUAUAAAUAUAUUUUGACUACUUCUUGAAAGUUUUGUUUUACAUGAACUUAAAAGUCUCAAAUCUGUUUCUGGAUUCAUAUUGGUCUGACUGGCGACAUUAGAGAGAACAGUCAUUGGGUCAAAGCGCCCUCUAGUGUUUAAAGACUCUGAACUGCAACUCACAGCUCGUUUUCGAGAAGACUUCGGUAAUCAGGGCACCUGUAACUCCUGAUCGCGCCGGAGCACGGGCGUUUACCGUAAUUACCCAUUUACAUAUGCAAUUGGAGCGGCUGGGUUGUCUCCGAAAAAAUGAGGAGCGGCUGGUAUGACCACUGUCGAAUAAAAAACAUCUUCCUGGUGAGUGUCACAAAAUGAGUGCGAGCUGACGGUAAGUCUUCGUCCUUCUUCUCCAUAAAUUAAAAUACAUGUAUGUUGCUGUUUAAGAGUGACUUAGAAAUACAGUUUGUAUAUAGUAUAGUUGUGCUUUCGUUUUUAGUCAUCUGUUGUGGUUGUCAUUGACCAAUUGUAUAUGAUGUAACGAAGCAUAAUUGCACUCCACCUUGUCGAAUCAACGACCUGCAUACUUCAUGUAGAGAUUGUCACGAAGAACUCUUUACGUUUGUAAACCUUUUUCAAAAUAUGAGCUUUCACACUUCAACAUAUUCUGUUUUUUGCAAAUACAAAAUGACUGCCUUAUUUACUUAUAAAUUAUUUCUGGUUUCAACUUGUGACUAAUGCUAAAAAGUAUACUAAUUUAUAGAGGCUGAAAAUAACGAUAAUUUUAACAAACAAAAGUCUGCUGCACUUUUUAAAGGGACUUUUUUUUUAAGACGCAGACUUUUUUGUUUGCUUUGAGGUAAUGGGAAUCUAGUGCGUCAGGAGAACACAGGGAGUAACAUCGCCCCCUCCUGGACAACAGGAGAGCCCAGAGAGACUUCAGUGAGGCUGUAAAUCAAAGUUAUGACACUUGAUCAUUAAUGAGAUGUCACCCUAUUGUGAAGGUUUCAUGAAUGUUUUUGCGUCAGUAGGAGAUUCAAGAGGCGGAGAAAUGAGUUCCAGAAAGCGAGCAAUUGAGGAUGUGACAGUUGCCAAGAAGAAACAAAAAGGUAAAUAAAAGAAAAUGGUUGACUCAGGUCAAUUUCUGAUUCACUGUUUACAUUCUUGUUGUAAUUUGACAUGUAGAAAUAAACCGAAGAAGGUCAACAAUGAUGUGUUUUUAUUCUCUGAAAGGGAAUCCACCUAUGGCACACCAUGGUCUGGAAAAUCAGGGAGCCACAUGUUAUCUCAACAGUGUCCUGCAGGUUCUCUUCAUGACCACUGAGAUCCAUGACAGGUUUGACACAGUUGGCUGCAGGAAAUAAACUUUGUUUUACUGAGUGCUACUUGUAAGCUCAUCCAGCAGGUGGGGCUGUCUCCCACUUGAGGAUGAUUGAUUGAAAGAAUGAUACUGAUGUGUUAUUUCUUAUUAUAGGGCAAGUAUCUCCAUGGAAUAUAUUUUGAUUUCACCAGACAGUAAAAAGUUACCUGUACUAACUUUAUUUUGAAGGUUGGAUCCAGAUAAAAAGCUCCAGGUCGCAGAUGAGGAGCUAAGAAACCUCUUUGCACAACUAAAAGAAACAACAUGUGGAACAGAAAACAUCACAAAGAGUCUGAAGAUUGAGAAUGGUUUGUUCAUUGGAGAUCAGUAAAACCCUUUUGAACCAGAUCAAGGGGGGGGAAUCGAACGGGUGGUUCAGGUUAUGAAAAGCAUGAAUGGCUUUUGUGUUCAAAUUCUGAUUUAUUUUCAGUUGGUCAACAACGUGAUGCGGCUGAGUGUCUGGAGAUGAUUUUACACAAGGUCAGCUCAGGUGUCACCGAGGUGAGUGUGAAGAGAAAAAUAUCAGAGAAUGAUAAAGUUGUAGAGUCAACUGUCUGUUCAACUUUAAGAAAUCAGGGGAUUACAAGGUGCAACUUUCCCUCAUCCUAAAAUGAGAUGAUUUCAUUAAUCAUAAUGUUGUCUCUUAAGGUUUUUAAAGGACAGCUGAAACACACCACAACAUGCUCCGAAGGCCACUGUAUCAUCGAGGAGAUGUGUCCCUUCCUGACUCUUCCGCUGUCUCUGAGAGGUACCAGCGAUCAAAGUCAAGAAGCGAGCUACAGUGUGGUGAGCAACUGAAAUAGUGGCCGCUAUUUCUUUAGUGACAUCUCCAACCAAAGGGGGGUUGCGAGCUGUCCAGAUUUACCUCUGGAGUCCAUUGUUUUGAUUUCCUCAGUCACUGCUUAACUUAAGAAGAGUAGUGAUUUAUCUUAAAGCCCCUGUGAGGAGUUUAUUGAUGCUUAUAAAAUAAACAGAAAUACAUAUCAAUGGAUUUUCUGGAUGUGUCUGGUGAUCACAACAAGCUUACACUGUUUAAGAUUUUCUAGGAGAGUGGCUUUGAAAAGAUUUUCCAGGAGAAAACAUUCAGCGGAGACGACAUGGUGUACUGUGACGAAUGUGAAAAGGACACAGAGGCGACCAGCGUGAGUUUGCAGACAGCUAACAACUCUGUGUUGAGUGCUUUUGUUGUGUUAUUAGCUGAACAAACAAUGUGGUGUUUGAUGUUAUUUGUGUUUUUCAGAAAUGUCAGAUAGAAUUUCCCCGUGUUCUGGUCGUACUCCUCAAGAGGUUUGACAUGGACUACAACACGAUGAAACAUGUCAAAUCGAACCGCUGUGUGGACGUGCCGCGCACAUUACAAAGAAUGGCAAGCUGAAUUAUUUGUGAAUGGUGUUUCUCUUGUUUGCUGUUAAACCUUAAAUAUACCUGACUGCUUCUUCUUCUUUUCAUUGUAGGACAAGACGUGCCAAUUGUACGCUAUUGUGAAUCACAUGGGUGGACUACAGGGUGGUCAUUACACAGCCACCGUCUUGUCCAAUGAGGACGAAACCUGGUACGAGUUCGACGACUCUCGAGUCAGAAAAGUGAGGAUGAAUUCAACUCUUCCAUGAGUGCAAAUAUCCAAACCAAAACCCAUCAAAUUAAGGAAAUUAACCUUUUCUUUUUUUUUUUUUUUUGGUGAAUAUUGCAGCUUGAAGAACAACCAUUUACAAACUCCAUGACUUACAGGUAUGUUUUUUUAAAACCUGUUUUAUAAAGUAGUUCCUGUAAAAAUGAAAAUCACAUUUGAUUUAGCGGAAAUGCAGAGUCAUUUUCCCCUUUUCAGUGUGUUUUAUGUGCUUUGAUUGAAACCAGAAUUAAUAAGAAGUCCUUAAACUUGCUAAGAAUAUCAUAUAACAUGGUUAAGAGCUGUAGCCACAGUUUUUUCUAUACUUGCUGAAUAUUGCUCCAUGGAAACAAUAACUUAUAAUGAUUAUUCAACAGUUCCAGUACUGCAUAUCUACUUGUGUACAGAGGUAAGAUCACAAGAGUUCACCAUAAAUGGACAUAGCUGAUGUUUAUGGAUCAAUAUGGAUCAAUAUACUGUUUUGCUUCCAUCUUCUGCUUUAAAGCCUCUGAGAGUCCAGAAAGACAAGAGGAUGGAGGAAAAGAUGCUCGUGAUAAAGAGAGGAAACCAAGGGAACAAAAACCAGUGGACCAAGACCAGGCCCCAAAAGAAGGGAUAGAGGAGGCUCAGGGAGAACCUCUUUUACCCCAGAGUCAAAACACACACGACAUGAGCCAUCUGCAUCUGAACGUCCAGCAAAAGGUCAACAACAGAAAACACAGACCAAGUGGAAAAGGUACACACAGAAAUGGUAUGCAUUUGCUUCAUCAAUGUUUUCCUUCAUAGUAAAUGGAGUGUUUGUCAGAGGAAAAUAAUUUGCCUUAUAUUUCCUUCAGACCAUGAGAGUUCAACCAACAUCCUGAAGAAGCCGUGUGUCAUUGCGCUCAUCGUUUGCGGCUGUUUGUUAGUCGUGAUUCUGAUUAUUAUUCUGGUGACUCAACCUGUAUGAACAUGAAAUAAAUGAUUGCAGUUUCCCAUACAAUAUAACUGAAUAAAUGCAUCAGUUCAUAAAU